AGUGGACUUUCUCAAAAGGUAUUGUUAGUUUCGCAAAGUAUUAUCAAACCGUAGAGUUCUCAAAACAGUCGUGCCAAAAAUGAAAAUUUUCGCGUUGCUAUUCUUGUUAGCUUGUGUCUACUCGCCAGCAACAAGUUCCGAUGUACAUAAAUCUGAGCAGAAAAAUCGCUUUGGUCUCGUGAAUCAACGAGUUAGAUCCUUGCGCGACGGGCUUGGUGUUAGGUUUGCUAGUAAUACGAAGACACCGAGGCCCGUUGCACCACUAGGCGAUGGAGAUGUUGACGACCCAUGGGAUUUGGGCACAUUCUUCGGACAGUUCAGCACAAAAAUGGGUUCGGUCGUUAAAAAUGUAGUGGGCGAUGUAUUGGAAUGUGUUGACAAUGUAUUCAAAGGCUUAAGCCCAGGUGGAAACAAAAAAGGAAAGAAAGAUCCUAAGGAUAAUAAAGGUGGUGAAGGCGGUGCAGGAGCAGCAGGUGCAAAUCCGUCUCCGAAACCAACAGAGGCGGUCACCAUAAAACCAACAGAAUCCACAACUAGUGGUAGUACCACAGUCACAUCAACAGAAUCCACAACUAGUAGUAGUACCACAUCAACAGCAUCCACGACUAGUGGUAGUACCACAGUCACAUCAACAGCAUCCACAACUAGUGGUAGUACCACCGUAAGCUCAACUCAAUCCACGACUACUGUUGGGCCGGGCAAAUAAACUACUGUUUCUGUAGUUGAACAUAAAGAAAGAAAAUUGUAUAACGUGAAACCAUCUUAAGCAAUAGCUGAAAGUGAUGUAACCCCGCACCUAUAAACUUGUAAAUAUGUAUGUUCGAAAUAUUUUUAAGCAAAUAUAAAGUGUUUUUUGUUUAAAAAUUGAAAUUGAAUAGUUUCCGUGUUUCGUUAGCCUCGUGGUUAGUCUUGAAAUGUGUCCAAUAUUUUCGUUUGACAGCAUUUACAGCAUUUGGGUCGUAAGUUGUAAAUAACACACCAAAAUUAACGGUAAACUAUUGUUAUUAAUAUCAAAUUAUUAUUACCAAAACAAUUUGGUUAGCCUAUUUAUGUUGACACAGUUGGCACUAAAUAUAGAUAUCGUCU